CGCGUCCUGAUCGCGUCUUGAAACUGAAAUCAUGUCGGGCGACGAAGACUCUAACGGGUGGCAACUAACGGAAUCCGAUCCCGGUGUUUUCAGCGAGUUGUUGAAGAACCUGGGGGUCCCUCUGAUAGUGGACGACCUAUACACGCUCGAUCCCGAAUCACUGGCGACUCUACAGCCUCUACACGCCUUGAUCUUUCUCUUUAAAUGGGUUCCUACUUCGGAUCCCUCAUCCUCCACUGCUGGCGAGUAUGACAGGGACUUCCCUGGCUUCUUCGCGCACCAGGUCGUCAACAAUGCGUGCGCCACACUGGCAGUUCUGAACGCUCUUGGCAACAUCCCCGGGCUGCCCACGGGGCCCGAACUGGCAGAACUGAACAACUUCACCACGGGGAUGGACCCACAAACCCGAGGGCUCGUAAUCACUAGCGCCGACUGGCUGCGCGAGGCUCACAACAAGCUGUCCCCACCCAACGUCAUCUCCCUCGAUGGACUCGGCCUACCGAAGACUACCGAGGACGCCUACCACUUCGUCGUCUACGUGCCGGUUCUAGGGAACCUCUAUGAACUGGACGGCUUGAAGCAAUUCCCCGUCCGUCACGGCCCGUAUGACGAGAGCGGUGAAGGGUGGGUGAAGAAGGCAAGGGAGGUAAUAGAAGCGCGGAUCGCUACUUACCCUCCGGGCGCGUUGGAGUUCAGCCUUCUCGCGCUGCGAGAUGACCCUCUUCCUGCGCUGCAAUCGCGCUUGCAGGAACUGCAGGCAGCCGGGCGGGACGGCGAAGCAGCCGAAGUGACGAUGAAGCUCGCCGACGAGCAGGCGAAGCGCGAGCGCUGGGCUUUCGAGAACAGCUUGCGGAAGCACAAUCACGUCGGCUUAAUGCACGCUCUACUGAUCGCCCUCGCGAAGGCUGGGAGGCUGUCUCCCGCGCAGGAGAAGGCGAGGCAGCUGAUGAAGGAGCGAAUUGAGAAGAGGAGGGCAAAGGGCGACCACGGGAUGGACGAAGAUUAG